UUGUGCUGGAUCAUGACAGGCCCCAACAACUUGGAAUCUCGCACCAAGCACAUCAGGGAAACAUGGGCCAAGCGCUGCAACAAAGUGCUGUACAUGAGCUCCAUCAAGACUGACUUCCCCACUGUGGAGCUCAACGUGAGCGAGGGGAGGGACAACCUGUACUGGAAGACCAUCCGAGCCUUUCAGUACGUCCACCAGCACCACCUGGACCAAGCAGACUGGUUCCUGAAGGCGGAUGAUGACACCUUUGUGGUCAUGGAGAAUCUACGCUACAUCUUGUCCAAAUAUGAUCCGGAAAAGCCAUUAUACCUGGGCAGAAGGUUUACCCCCUUCAUCAGGCAAGGCUACAUGAGUGGAGGAGCCGGUUAUGUCCUCAGUAAGGAAGCACUGAGGAGAUUUGUCACAGGGUUUAAUACUGGGGAAUGCACCCACUUCUCCACCAUCGAGGACAUGGCUCUGGGCAAAUGUAUGGAGAAGAUGGAGGUGAAGCCCGCUGACUCCAGAGAUGUGAAGGGGAGACAAACAUUUCAUCCUUAUCCUCCAGACUAUUACCUGGUCAGACAGCCCCCGAGACCACGGCCUUGGUAUCUGAUUUACGACCACUAUACUCCAGUAGAGGGUCCAGGUUGCUGCUCAGAUUUUGUUGUGUCCUUUCACUACAUUUACGCUGUUGAGCAGUACGUUUUGGAGUACCUGACGUACCACCUGCGGCCAUACGGAUACAAAUACAGGUUUAAUCCGGAUAGUGAUGAAGAAUUUAACACAACAACUAUGUCCACAUAA